CGAAAUUUGUGUGUUUUUAUUGCAUCAAAUUUGUCGUGUUAACCUGCUGUAGUUAUCAUUAAAAUAGUCUAUCAACCCGUAUCGUGCGAGUAUCGUUCAUCAUGAGCUCUAAAGGAAAACGAUCAUCGAUACUGAAGAAACAAUUCCACAACGAACAAGCCAACCCAGCGGCGGGCACCACUGCAAAUGCCUACAAAGGCUCUAAAAAGAUCGGUUUCCAUCGCAAAAUGUCCAUCAAAGAAUUUACGAUCGGUGAAAAUACGGAAACUAUUUGGGGAAACUCGUACGAAGUGUCCGCCGAUGGCACAUCCCCGCAAGUCGUUUGUGAUGAUACGCAUACGCCCCACGGAAACCCCAGCAACACCAGCAGCAGCACCAGCAAUCAUCCGGAAACGCUGCUGUUACAGGAGGAAAACAAAGAGAAUGUUACCCUCGUUCCUGCCACCCGUAUGGAGCCUGCGCUGGACGAAAACAGCGCAUCGGCCAGCAACAGUUGGGAUCUUUCCAUUACGAUUGCCGACGACGAGAAGCGCCGAAUGCGCAGCGAAUCGAUGCUGAACUGUUCGCAGAGCCUCAACAUGACCGAGCGGCUACUGAUGGAGCCGACUCAUCUGCCCACAUCCUCGGCGGCGUCGAGACGGCGUUCCUCAGGCGAGGUCUUAGCAAUGGACGUUAGUCCGCUGAAGCCGACCGUCACGGUGUCGGCUACCAGUAGAUCACCCCGCAAGGUGAUGUAUUACAAUCCGAAGCAAGGCGUAACAGUGCAAAUCAACGAUGUGCCCCGUGAGCAGGCGCAGCCUGCUGCGCGCGAAGAAUCCACCAAUCGCAGUUACAAACGAAGCAUGCUGUGCGAUGGUUCGGAAACGUGGAACUCUCAUCCUCAGGCCAUGUUUCAGUUGAGCGCAUGGCGACCAUCCAACGAAGGAUUGACGGAUAUGAGCUCCGAUUUCGACAAUACGAUCGCAAUCACGAAUACGGUCGAUAAGCUGCUGAAAGCCGGUGCGAAUCUGACGCUUACCGUUCCCACCAACAUGGAGUUGGACGAAUCGGCUACUGUGACGGAUGUGAAGCUACCAACGAAUGCACUUGCCCGCGCACGACCUUCCUUCUUGCCGUCCCAAAACCGCCAGCAGGAUGUUAGCCAGGACGAGGAGGAACAUUUGGAAUCAAUUGAAGUGCCUGCACCAAUGGCGAAUGCUAGCAAUCCACCGCCAGGGCGUCAGUUGAAUGAAACUGAAUCGAUGGAGAGAACAUCCGUGGCACCUAGCACAACGUUCGGUGGUAAUUUAUCCCUAUCAUUCGAAGAUGCCCAGCAGUCGGUGACGAACAAAUCUGCCUCAGUGUCCCGGGGCACUAAAAAUAAUUUUAAAAUAUCAUCGAUGAGCUUGGGACUCUCACUGAACUCUCCGGAAGCAGUGAAUGUGGAACGACCGAAAAUUUUUCGUCCAACGCUCCCGCCUACCCUGUUUGAGACUGCCCCGAAAGCUGAACCACUGAAAACAACCCUCCUCGAGGAUGGUCCGACCGAACGUAGCACUAUUACCCGUCAAACCCUGCACACGCCAACAGAGAUGGAUGAAACUCGGGCGUACGAAGCAAGCGGUGUCAAACCGAAGCAAACCAUUCUUGCUCCCAUUUCGAUGGAAACCGUCACUAAGGAGCCAUCGUCCCGUUCAUACCGAGCGACCGUCUAUGAAACGCACGAUAUGAUCGACGACGAUGAAGGACAACCACCAUCGGGUAGGUGCGUCCAGCGUGCGACCGUCGUGCAUCAGAAGACGAUGGAACUAGGCAACGAUUCACCUUCAUUAACCAAAACCAAGGCUCUACCGAUGGAUUCCUCGGUCCUUCCUACCAAUCGUCGCACAGUCCAUGUACAACAACCGAUGGACGAAUCGAUCGUCGAGAAACUGGCAGGCGAAUCAAGAGAUCUUAAGCGUAUGACAAAACACGAUCGCAUGACCAUGCUCGAAACAAGCCCUGUUACAGUGAGAGGAAGAAACACUCUCUACCCGAACGAACCAAUGGUGCAAGAUGCAGAUCCUGGAGCUACCAUCAUGUCGCAAUGUACAACAACCUUAUCGAAAAACUCUCGCCAAACGAUCCUAAACUAUGACAGUAUGGUCUUGGAUAGCCCGGAGCCACGUGUUUCAUCGAUAACCUGUGGAUUUUACGGUGAAAAUCUGGACGCCGAAAGUGGAACCCACGCAAUAGAUCUGACGGUUGCGAGGCGCACCACAAAACAUGGCCCGGCCGAACCAUGCGAUGCCAAUGCUGAUAACCGAUCGCGCCCAACGACCAUGACGAUGGAAGAGUGUAUGCGUCUCUCGGAGGUUUAUGCACCACAGCAUCCCGUAAUGCAGCGCAAAGAUCAUUUAGCAACGCAAAUGGAUGAAGAGGAGCGACGAUGUGGGGCCAUGGAACGCGACACGGACGUCAGUCAGCAGGGGCAUGGCAAGUCGAAAUCCGGCAUUUCUGCGUACCAGUCAAUCGCUAUGGAUCAAACGGUGAUCGUAGAGAGGGAACAAAUGGCGCAUGGAGUUGAUCGUUCGAACAAAGAGCAAAACUAUCACGCGAGACCAACGACUUACCAGAUUGAGGCGAUGGAGGUCACAAGGGCCGAUCAAGUGCUUAUCGCCACUCAAUAUAUGCAGACCAUCGAAGAGAAUCGGGACGCUGGUGCUAAGCAGCUAGCAACGAACAGCCCUGUACUAUCAUCGGUUCCAGGAUCACCGAUGGACAUGUCAACCAGGGGAUUAGUGGAUCCGAAUCUGGUGACUAAAAAGGCAGAUGAACGAUCGACGCUUAACGCUAUGCACAAUUCGGUUGUAUCCGCUCCUCAUUCAACCACUGACAGUCAGCGAUCGCGGUACUCGAUCUACCAACCACAAGAUAUGGAACAAACGUUGCCAUCCAUUGCAUCCAGCGCCAUUGAGAGCCCAAAGGAACCAGCUACGCGACAGGCGACUCGAUCGAUGCUACGUAAAUCCAUUCUACAAAAGAUCGUUCGUCAGACACCGGUCGAGGAUAUGGAAGGAAUCUCGCUACUAACGGACGAUGAUGACCUGCGUGCUGUUCAGCCGCAUGAGCCUUUGAAUACCAAACCAAAUCGGGUCACGGUGCAUUUUAUCGACGAUGCUGCUCAAAUUAUGGAGGAUUCCAUCGUGCCAACUACCGUUGAUCAACUGGCCGAAGCAGUACAGAUGGAUUACAAAGCUGAUUGCGCCAUAAAUAGUCAAACAACAUAUGAGGCUCAUGCCAUGGAGAGGGAAGCGAACAUCAUGGCAAGUGCUUUUCAAGGUUCUUCAAAGAUAGCAGAAACCAGGGAGCUUUCCCCUGGCGAACCGAUCGUCCUGGUGAACUCCAAAGAAGAUCGCGCCAAACAGCGUCAAACAAUGUGCGAGGCGGUUGCAAUGGAGGAGGAAACGAGCUCAUAUCAACCUUUGUCAAUGGCGAAGAGAGCCGAGGAGCUUAAUGAUGAAGAACCGAUCGUCGAAAUGUCGAAAUCCACACGCGAUCGCUCGGCCGAUCGCCAAACAAUUUAUGAUACGAACGCGAUGCGGGAGGAAGCGGACGUCGUAGCGACUGGUUAUCGUACUUCUACAAAAAUAUUUGCAUCGGAAGAAUGUACAGAACCGAUCGUUCUGGUGAAGUCCAAGGAAGAUCGCUCCAAACAGCGCCAAACUAUGUGCGAGGUGGUUGCAAUGGAGGAGGAAACGCGCUCAUAUCAUCCUUUGGCAAUGGUGGAUAAGGAUCCGAUCGUCGAGAUAUCGAAACGUGAUUGCCUAGCUGAUCGCCAAACAAUCUACGAUGUGCACGCGAUGCGUGAGGAAACGGGCGUUGUGUCGCCUGGUUAUCGUGUUUCUACAAAGCAAUUGACUUCGGAAGAAUGUACAGCUUAUGAACAGGAUGAACCGAUCGUCCUCAUGCACUCCAAGCGCCAUCGCCAAACUAUCUACGACGCGCGCGCAAUGGAAGAAGAGACGAGCGUUAUGCCGAUUGUCCAUCACGGCACGACUCUCUCAAGGCUGGAGAAUGAGGCAGCGGGAUCAGCUAAACGAUUAUCUUCGUUGACAUCGCAACAGCGGAAAAGUAGUGUCUGUAUGGAGGAAACAGUCGCCCUGCUGCCGAUUCGUCGUAUCGAGCGGAAUGGCACACCAGAAGGCAUCUUGAGUGAAUCACCAAACUUUCAACCUCAAAGAAAACGUGAAACGAUCUAUCCCGCCGACGAUGCAAUGGAAAUGACACUGAGUGCAGCAGAGAGCAAAUGUUCGGAUAAGCAACAUCGUAGCUCACGGAUGGAUAUAGCGGAAAAUCGCCAACCCCUGGCUAAUCGUCAAACCAAAUUCCAUCUCGCGCCCAUGGAGACGACGUUUUCGCAUGACGAUAAUUCACCAGUUGUUGGCAUCGGUGAUGCUGGCGCUAACAGGACACCACUAACACAGUAUCUUCCUGAUAAACCGAUAGAUCAAUGCCCAGUUAUUCAACAACCGCACCAGCAGCAGGUUGCACACAAAACGCCUGUCUCAGUGAAACGCGAAUCUUUGUGGCGCCCCAGGCAGACGAUACUGCUCGCACAGGAUAUGGACAUUGAGGAUACAGCGGAGCUUGUAAUGGCGGAAGGUCGCAUCAAGGAGGAAGAAUCGUUUGUCUUCCCUAAACUGGUCCGCGAAACGACCGAGGACUGUGUAAUGCGUUGUGCACCAUCAGCAAAGAUGAUACGUGGAAGAGAAGGAUUCAGCGAUUCGAUCGGUGUACCCUACGCCAUGCCGAGUCGUAGUACAACAAUAGGGAUGGACAAGUCAUCGAUUGACUAUCCGCAAAUCAUGGAUGGAAUAGCGCACGUGGAAGACCAACAGCUGCACCACGCGCCAGAUAGGACACGUGCGGCAAGCAUCUACCAGGAAUCGAUCAAUAUUUCCAUCUCGCAAUCGUUACUACCUACGGAACCACCUCACAUUGAUAAUAUGUCGGGCCAUUACAUGAGCAUGCGGGACAUAACGGCCAAGCAUCUGACGGCAACAGAGGAAAACUGCGCUUCCGUUCGUUCGAUUAUUCGCCAUGGUAGCACAACGAUGGAACCGGAACCACUGCAGAGCGUAAUGGUUGCACCGGUGACGAUUGCGGACACGGCAAGUGAUGACGAGUUCCACGAUGCAGAAGAUGAACUGGCCAACGAUCCACUAUCGCUAACGAAAUCCCGUCAUCUACUACAAUCGAUGAAGUUCGUCGACGUGGAACAGCUGGAGCGUACCGGUGUGGCCACCAGCAAGCGUGUCCAUGCAAACGUGCGCUCCUCGUCGUCAACGGUUGACGGUUUAGCACGAGAUCCACUGCACGUAACGCUCGGUCAGCAGCAGCAGCAGCAGCAGCAGCAACAACAACAGGUGGAGGACCUUCAGCCAUUGACACCGCAAGGGCCGCUCAUGAAGAAGAAACGAGUUUCCAACUCGCCUGCAUCGCUACACGCUAACACGAUGCCAGUGAUGCAGCCAUUGGACGCGAGCGUAGGGGAGAGUAACGAAGUGGAAGCGGCACUGGAGCAGCAUAAUCCACCGGAGGAUGAACCGAUCCCAAGCUCUGGAGCAUUCGCCUUGAUCGCUGAUGGACGCCGAUCAGUGAUCAACGAUCCGAGUGUGUUCUUGAUCGACGAUGACGAAGAUCUGCUCGAUGAUGAAUCUCAGCUGCCUUCCUUCACCGAGGAGCAACGGAUUUCCGCUCAGAACACACGACACGAGGACCAACAAGAGAAUGCAACCCACGAUGAUUCGUCGUCCGUUAAGCGCUUUUUCAAACCACUCAAUGAUGUGUCCUACUAUCGGGAUUUUGCCAACCUGACCCUGAACGAAUGGUAUGAGGAGGUGGAUGAGGAGGAGGAGCAUGAGCAACCGGAACAGGUGGAGGCGCUGGAGGAACAGUCAUGCGGUCAGGUUGAGAACCCUCAGGUCGCUGAUUGCAUCACCAUAAGCGACGAUUCCGUUACGGGUCCGAUGGCCAACUUAACGGUAGCGCAACGACGAUCUCGACGAUCCAGCGCAUCAGAGACUGGCGUUCUUGAUUCCACGAUCGCGGACGAAUUUAUGGAGGAACUGAUGGCAAAGUUGCCCCCGAAAACGAAACAUCCUUGCUGCGGUUCGGACAGUGAUUGUCUGUGUCGCCUUAGGCGGCAACUGGAACGACGCCGGAAAGCCAACGAAAGGGAAUGGCAACUGUUUGAGAAGCAGUUCGCCAGUAGCGUGCCGAAAACAUCCUCCAGUCAACUUUCCGCUGCCGCCUUUGAGCAACGGUUCGAAGAACUGUGCUGGCAAAUCGGUGAUCUCCAGCAGGAUUUGUCCUCGAUCCUGGAAACGGCUAUGGCAAAAGGGAAAGAGCGAGAGGAAAGCUCCGAGGAAGGUAAUGCGGAUGAAGGAGAACAAGUCCACUCAUGGCGACUAUCCGGUGGUUCCACGUUUCCGGAAAUACCGAAUGUGGUGUUUUUGUACGAGAAUUUACGAAGGUGUCUCCAGGAGCAACCACCCGUCGAUGAUAGUCCACCUGCCGGAGCCCAUCUGCCGCGAGUGCCACACGUUACCGUGCUGGUCGCGAAUAAAAUAGCCACCGAACACGAGGGCUCCGGUUGGUGUCUCGAUCUUUCCGAGGAAGCGCUGUUUGAUCAUCUCAUGUUCCGGCACCGUACGAUCCCGAGCUUCCACGUUUCAGUGCAAUUACAACCGGUUCACAGCGAACAGUCUGGGAGUACACGGAGAACGACACGGGCGAGAGUAGCAAGGGAAGAGGAUCGCUAUAUCGAACGCAUUCAGUUGGAAACGACGGAUGCAUUCGAAGCAGUGAGGCUCUCACCGAUGCGCUAUCUGCUACACGUGGAGUUUAUGCGAUUGACGAUGGAAACGACGGAACAAACGCUGCGCUCCAAGUACCGGACGGUCGGUUCGCUGAUGGGCCUAUGGCGACACUUUAGUGAACUGUUCGAGAGUGCCACCAAAAACCUGCAACGGCUGCUGACGAUCCUGGAAAACGGGGAUGCCAUACUGACCUACGACAGCAUAACGGAACAGUUUUGUGUAAAGAAAUGGUUCCAACGACACCAGGAUACGGUCACCGGGGGUCGCCUAACAUCGAACGUGCUGCAGGUGUACUUCGGUACGAUCAACGGUAUUGCGCCGUCGGGAGUGAGAUUCAACCGACCGUUUCACGACGCCCACGAUCUACUAUCGUCGGUGACUGUCGGACCUGCGAACGACCCUUGCACCGGGCCUAUGUUUCUCGAGUGUUUGCUUUGGAAAAUAAUGAAGCUGUACCAAGGGCCGGCCAUGUGAAGCAGUUAAUGCCGGGGGCAUGAUUUAGCGUUUUAAACCACAGAAGUAGAGUAAGGAAA